GCGGGACACCGGGACACGGGGCCCGCCCGCCCGUCGCGCCGGGGGGAAGAGCCGGGACCGCUUCCGGAGCGUGACCUUCGCGGGUGGGCGGCGAGGAUGGCGGCGCCGACGAGGGAGGAGAGGACGGCGUGCUGGGGCGCCCGGGACGAGUUCUGGCAGUGCCUGGACAGCCACGGGGAUGACGCCGCCAAGUGCGAGAAGCUGCGCCGGGCCUUCGAGUCGCGCUGCCCGCAGCAGUGGGUUAAACAUUUUGACAAAAGAAGAGACUUCUUAAAAUAUAAAAAAAAGCUUGAAACAGAAGGGUAUAUUCCUCCAGAAGCUGCUGGAAAGUCUUAGGUACUCUGCUUUCAUAACAAAUCAAAUAACUACAGAAAGAAGAAGCAAGAGAAAGCAACAGGAGCUGCCUGAGAGCAAGAACUGGUAACCUGAUUGUCUCCCUGAAAUGCAGACUGCUGUUCUUGUUGCCAGGUCUCACAUGUCUGCUGAAAGAUGGUUGUGUACAGCUUAUGGUGCAGAGUUGUUCACAAAUCUAAGGGUUUGAAUGUAUAAUUAUUAAAAUUCUUUCACACAAAUAAAGAAUUGUUUAAUACUGUAAUGUAUAUAUUCUAAAGAGAAAAUAAAAUUCUUUUUCAGUGA